CAAUAUUUCGUGAGAUUUGACAGCCAAAUUGACGGCGAGACAGCAAAGCAAGAAAAAGGGUUUUUUUUUCCUGUUUUUGUGAUUUUCUCCAAGAAUUUCCAUUCAUCCCCGUGAAAAACGCAACCCGGAAAGUCUGUGACAAUCGUGGGUGGGAAUUGUGCAUGGAGUGGAUGUGUGAUGUUCGUGUAAAGUGAUAGAAGUAGGCUCCCCUGGUAAAGUGUGUGUGAGGAGAAUUUAGUUCACAGAGAGAAAAAAGCCCUAAGUACUCCACCACCUGGCCACCACGAUGGGUACAACGAUGCUGGAGGGAACACUCAGCAAGUGGACGAAUGUCAUGAAAGGCUGGCAGUAUCGCUGGUUUGUCCUGGAUGAAAAUGCUGGACUCCUCUCCUACUACACGUCUAAAGAAAAAAUGAUGAAAGGCGUAAGGAGGGGGUGUGUUCGACUAAAGGGUGCAAUUGUUGGUAUUGAUGAUCAGGAUGUGAAUACGUUCACAAUUACAGUUGAUCACAAGACGUUUCACUUUCAGGCGAGGGAUGCGGAUGAACGUGAAAAAUGGGUUAGUCGCCUUGAGGAUACAAUCCUACGGCAUGGCAAUCGAAGUCGUGGCAUUUGGGAGCCGCAGGGCAGCUUCCAUGGUUCAACGCAUAGUUCAACGAAGCAACGUCCAAAUUACUUGCAGGCUUUCGAUAGGAAAGUUUCCGAAGCUGAUGCAUAUCUACAACUUAUAAUUGAUCAGACUGUCAAAAUUGAGCAGCGUAUUGCGAGUAUAGAGGAUACAGAGGAACGGGAUAAGUGCAAGGUUGUGCAGGAGCAGGCAAAUACCAUGUUGGACCACAUUAAACACUCAAUUGUUUUGCUUCAAAUUGCAAAGAAUACAGCUCAUCCCAUCAAUGGAGUUUACCAGGGUCCAUCCAAUAAAUUGGAGACAACGAUUGACGUUGAGCAACCGCCAGACUUACCAAUUGAGACUGGCAUUGCUUUUGGGUCGGAAUGCAUGGAAGGAGGAAGUCGACAAUCUGUUCAGCAUAAUUUUGAAUCUGCAACUGCUCUCAAUCUUCUAGUGCCAGAAACAUCAUAUUCCAGUUCAGAGGGUGAGGAGGAUUUCUAUGACGCUAACGAGGAUAUCUUGACGUGUAGCCCAAGUAGUCCAACAUACAAUGUGCGCUCCUUCCCUGAUUCUCUCGAUCCAGAAGUUGCGCCGAACACGAGGAAUGUCACGGACAAGGAUGCAGAGAAUUCAACGUCAACGCCAUCGCAUGAGCGCAAGAGACUGGGUUCAAGGCUCCCCAUAUGUACAGACGGCAGUUUGGACUAUGAUGCUCUGUAUGAGGAUCAUUCCGAUGACGAUAUCUCAAUGGAAUCCCAUGGUUCCGUUGUAACACAUUUACUUUCGCAAGUAAAGAUUGGUAUGGAUUUAACCAAAGUUGUCUUGCCGACAUUCAUCUUGGAACGUAGAUCGCUCCUUGAAAUGUACGCAGACUAUUUUGCCCAUCCGGAUCUCUUUAUAAAGAUAGCCGAUCUCAAGGAUCCACGUGAUAGGAUUGUUCAGGUGGUUAAGUGGUAUUUGAGUGCAUACCACGCCGGGAGGAAGAGUAGUGUUGCCAAGAAGCCAUAUAAUCCCAUUUUGGGUGAAGUAUUCCAGUGUCAUUGGAAUAUUGCUGAAAACAAUGAACAAGUUGACAAUGAACUAGUCUCAGAUGGUCCAGUUCCGUGGUGCAGCAAAAACCAAUUAACAUUCGUGGCAGAACAAGUGUCCCAUCAUCCACCAAUUUCUGCCUUCUAUGCUGAACACUAUGCAAAAAAGAUAUCCUUCUCGGCCCAUGUGUGGACCAAAUCAAAAUUCCUGGGCAUCUCAAUUGGUGUCCACAACAUUGGCCAGGGUAUUGUAACUCUGUGCGACUUGAAUGAGGAGUACAUUGUCACAUUCCCCAAUGGGUAUGGGCGAUCGAUUCUCACGGUGCCGUGGAUUGAAUUGGGCGGUACUGUGACAAUCUCUUGCCCACGUACCGGAUAUCAUGCGGAUGUUGAAUUUCUCACAAAACCCUUCUACGGUGGUAAGAAGAAUCGCAUAACGGCCGAUAUUUAUGCACCCGGUGAGAAGAAGUCAUUUGUGAGCAUAGCUGGGGAAUGGAGUGGUGCCAUGGAGGCUAAAUGGAAUGAUGGAUCACGGCAUAAACCAGAGAUGUUCGUUGAUGUCAAUAGCAUUCCCAUAUUCCAUAAAAAUGUAAGGCCAAUCGCUGAGCAGGCAGACAACGAGAGUAGGAAAGUGUGGAAGGAAGUUACGGCAGGAUUAAAAUUGAAUGACAUCGACCGCGCAACCGGUGCCAAGUGUAGCGUUGAGCAGAAGCAACGCGAAGAGGCGAAGGAGCGCAAGGAGUUGGGUACGGAAUGGGAGAAUAAGUAUUUCAAGGCAGUUGGUGAAAAUUGGAUCUACACAAAUCCACUUUCCCAGAGGCUCUAUGCACAAUCAAAGCGUGAGAGGCGGUAGUUUAGAAUUUCAGUGACGAGCCUCUAAGAAGAGACGGGGGGUGGUGUGGUUCAAAGGACGUCGAUGGGAAUUAUACAGAAAAAAAAACUUUCUCCACACAUACACAUUUAUUAACGAAUUCGUAGUAAUAUUUACUCUAUCAAGAACAAUAUAUUAAUAUAUUUAGUAAAAAAAAAAAAAGAAACCCAGAUAAAAUAAGGUAGAAAAUGGAUUUAUCUUGUGGUUUGAGGGCGGAUAACACAACACUUACACACACACUAUUUUAAAAAUGAAAAAAAAAGAAACAAAAUGCAAUAAACUCAACCUUAUCUCUAAUUCUAAAGAACCUUUAAAAAAUGAGGUUUUAUUGAAAAGAAAAAUGAAAAGAUAACAUAUUAAGAAUAAAAAGAAAAUAAAGUUAUUAAAAAAAAA